AGUUUGUCAAUGUGAGCUCGUCGGUAACUUUCUAUCAAAAUAAACACAUAUAUAUUUUAUAUAUUUGUUUAUUCGAGAGUGUAAAAAAAAAUUUAUUUAUAUUUUUUAUUCAAAAAGUUUUACAAAUAGCAACAAAUAUCGUGAGUGAAGUUUUUCAGAGGGUAUCAAAUUGAGUUACAACGUGUUAGAUGAGUUUUUCAUGUAUGAAGUUAAUUCUUGUGGAUAUUUAUUAAUACCCAUUGACAAUUUGACAUUAUUGUAAUACGAAUUUAUCUGUAACGUAAUGCUGGCUCAAGUAAAUACGGAUUACCUGGAUUCAAAAGUCCAAGAUGACACCGAUAUGACAUUAGAUUCUUGUAUUGUCAGAUCAAAAUGUCCACGAAAAGGAGAUGAAAGUGAUUUAAUUGUUAAUAAAAAUCCAUAUUACAGUAAAAUUUAUGAUGAAAUAUUCAAAAAAUCAAUUGAAUAUCCAGAUGAAUUUUGGGGUGAAGUUGCACAAUGUGUUGAAUGGAGUAAACCAUGGAAAAAAGUACUUGAUAAUACAAAUGAACCAUUUACAAAAUGGUACGUGGGAGGUGAAUUAAAUGCAUGUCAUAAUGCAGUUGAUCGUCAUGUUUUAUCUGGUUAUGGUAAAAAAAUUGCCUUGAUACAUGACAGUCCUUUGACAUCAACAAUUCGUAAAGUAUCAUACGAUGAAUUACUUGAUAAAACAUCAAAACUUGCUGGUGCAUUAUUUGACAUGGGAGUUAGAAAAGGUGAUCGUGUACUUAUUUAUAUGCCUCUUAUACCAGAAACAAUUAUUGCAAUACUUGCUAGUGCAAGACUUGGUGCUGUACAUUCUGUUGUAUUUGGUGGUUUUGCACCAAAAGAAUUGGCAACAAGAAUUGAUCAUGCUGAGCCAAAAGUUAUAAUUGCUGCUAGUUGUGGACUUGAGCCUACAAAAAUAAUUCAAUACACAACAAUGAUUGAUGAAGCAAUGGAUUUAAUAUCAGUAAGAAAACCAAAGUGUAUUGUUUAUCAACGUAAAAAUGUAUGGGAAGAAAAAUUAAAAAAUUAUCAGUAUGAUUGGAAUGAUUUAGUAAGUAAAUCAAAGCCUCAUGUAUGUGUGCCAGUUGAAGCAAAUGAUCCACUAUAUAUUCUAUACACAUCUGGCACAACUGAUAAGCCAAAAGGUGUACUAAGACCAAUUGGUGGACAUAUUGCAACAUUGUGCUGGACAAUGAAAGCUAUUUACGGAAUGGAUAAAAAUUCAAUUUGGUGGGCAGCAUCUGAUCUUGGAUGGGUUGUUGGUUUGUCAUAUAUAUGCUAUGCACCACUACUUUAUGGUGCUACUAGUGUUAUGUAUGAAGGUAAACCAGAUCGAACACCUGAUGCCAGUCAAUACUUUAGAUUAAUUGAGCAACAUGGUGUCAAUGCAUUAUUCACAGUUCCAACUGUGUUUAGAAUUCUUCGACGUGCUGAUCCUGAAACUAAACUUGGCAAACAGUAUUCAACAAAAUCAUUAAAAACAGUUUUUGUUGCUGGUGAACACUGUGAUUAUGAGGCAAAAUGUUGGGCUGAAAAAGUAUUUAAAGUUCCAAUAUUAAAUCAUUGGUGGCAAACUGAAACUGGACAUGCAAUAACAGCAUCAUGUCUUGGUUUUGGUCAUAGUACAAAUCCACCAAAACACACAACUGGAAUGCCAUUUCCUGGUUACAAUGUACAAGUUUUACGAAAAGAUGGAAGUAAAGCAACUGCUAAUGAACUUGGUAGAAUUGUUGUUAAAUUACCACUUCCACCAGGAACAAUGUCAACUCUUUACAAAGCAUCUGAUAGAUUUGAAGAAAUAUAUUUUUCAAAAUAUCCAGGUUAUUAUGACACAAUGGAUGCUGGUUACAUUGAUGAGUAUGGAUAUGUUUAUGUAACUGCAAGAGACGAUGACGUUAUAAAUGUUGCUGGUCACAGAUUAUCAACAUCAGCUCUUGAAGAUGUUGUUUUAAGUCAUCCUGAUAUUGUUGAUACAGCAGUUGUUGGAGUUCCUGAAUCAUCAAAAGGCGAAAUACCUCUUUGUUUGUACGUUAUGAAAAAUGAUAGUGCAAAAAAUGAAUCGGAAAUUAAUCAAGAAUUAAUUAAGAGUAUUAGAAAACUCAUUGGACCGAUAGCAUCGUUUAAACUUGCUGCUGCUGUUAAGGCACUGCCUAGAACACGAUCUGGUAAAACAAUACGUAAAUCAAUCGCUGAUUUGGCACGUUCAAGAACUAUAAAGAUGCCAAGUACGAUUGAGGAUCCAAAUGUUUUUGCUGAUAUAAAACGUGCACUUAAAAAAUUGGGCUAUGCAAAAAAUGCACCAGAUCCACAAUGAUGAUUUAUAAAGUUUAAAAUAAAAUUUAAAAAAAACGAAAAUAAGCUAGAUAACUAUUAUCAAUAAUAAUUUAAUAAAAUGGUAUAUAAUUGUUAAUAAAUUUUUUGUCUUUAUUUAAUUUAAAAAAAAAAACAAUAAAAUUAUGAAUUGUUAUUUUUAUUCAAAAUCAAAUUUACAUACAAAUUUAUGAACACUGUAAAAAGAAAAAAAAAAAAAAGAAAAAUAAUUAUAAAAUUGUAAUAAUGAUUA